GACAUUGAUGACUGUACACCGUAUCCAUGUAGCAACGGUGCAACAUGUGAAGACCAAGUAAACAACUACACUUGCAUAUGCGUAGUCGGCUUUUACGGAAGACACUGUACCAUUAGUAAGUAAAACACGUGUACACAUUAAAAUAUCUCCAGUUACUUGUACUUAUGCUUUCCCCCAAACCCCUCUUCCCCAGCUCCCGAAGAAGGGCUAUAUCUGCAUUAGUAUCGGCAUUAGUAGGAGAAGAGCCACCUCGUGGAAGUAUUGCUAAUAGAAUCGUUAUAAUUAUUAUUAUUAUUUUUAUUUUUAGUGUUUUGUUUUUUGACAUUGUUAUUGCACAACUGAUAUUUUUGUUUAGUUGGAUGUAGAAAAAAAACAUAUGCUUUGAAACUAAUCUUAAUAUAACUUUCGGUGCGUUAAAAGACAUUUUUUCGAAUUGUCUGCGUAGUCUUUCUUUAAGGCCUGUGCUCUUUUCAGUCUCGCUGUAUGCUGUUACCAGUUACAAUGACUGUACCUUAGGUAUACAAGGAUGAAUCAAUGAAAGGGUUCUGGCAACAUAAAACAUUUAGCCUGCCUUCAAAGAAAUAGAAACGGAUUACGUAUAAGUUCGUAGUAAAUAGCCGCCGUUAUCGACAAGUCAAGAAAUCUAAUAAGUUCUCCGCGCUUUUUGAGUAAAAAAGUAUUAUGCAGAUGUGGUUGGCGAAAGCAUGAUUUCGUGUUGGCGUUUGUGAUCAAAUAAGGUGCUGAUAGUUCUCAGGCCAGUGUUUCUGGUCAUUCUAGUAAUAGUUGACUUUCUAGAUUACGUAAAUUUCUAUUUGUGUAAUAAACAUUCGUCUCGUUGUUGCGAAAAUGUUAGGACCAAAGAAAUAAACUAGAUUUCAGAUCUGCAAUUGACUUUUGAUAUCUUGGAUUGGCCUUGUUUUUUUCUUUUUCAAUCAAUUCUUGCGACUUGUGUCUCAACCACAAGAAACUCCGUGUGGUGUCGUGUAUGAUACCAAGAGAGAUCAUACAAUGUGAAGAUAAGAUACCUUCAAAUCAAAGAGAGUAGGUGUGAUCAUAAUAGGACAGAGUAGGAGUCUUAAGGGGCGUUGGUUGGGAUAUCUACUUGCGAAAAAAAAAGUUUUUUUUCAAACCAUGCAGAUCAUGCGGAAACAAUUUCCGGUGGACUGGUUGACUUCCAGAAGACUCUCUUUCAUGAUUCAGUGCGUCAUAGCGAGGCAUAGUCAACAGAUGAAAAAAAUCUCUUUUUGUGAUUUAACAGUUAAAGGUUCUCUUUAAUUUGCAAUUGUAAACUGUGCUAAAUCGCGUCCUUGACCUUCCAUUUUAGCCUUAUAUUUUCAAUUGUGUUUCUUUUUGUAAGAUCCAGACGAUUGUGCUUCCAGCCCGUGCCAAUACGACGGAACCUGCACAGAUGGACUUGAUGACUACUCCUGCGCAUGCCCAGCUGGAACUGUAGGGAAGUCGUGUGAAAUCAGUAAGUACAUAAGAUCGAUCAACUUUCCUAAUAGACUCCAAGCUCCUUCCCAGAGUCCGCGUUACCCUUGUCCAGCGGAACAGGUAAUGGGGACCUCGGGAAUAAUCCAUUUUCCCUUGACAAGAUUCUUGGUUUCGUCUCAUUUGCACAGGCGUGAACCAAUUUAAGAGCAAAAAACUAACAAAGAAACUAAGAUUUCAUGAAACGAUCCAGUUUUCUUUUGGGAGAUUAGGACAUACGGAAUUACGGAGGAGCUGCACAACGGCCCUUAUUUAUUGAGCUAUUUUCCUGAUUCGGUUCAAAAUAUCAGUUAUUUAUGCUGUUGUUAUACUGAUCAACUACCUGAAACGUUGGAACCUAUUGAUGCGAGGUCAUAUUCAGCUGGUUUAUUGAUUUGGCAAAAAAAGUGAUGAAUACCCCAUGGCCUUUCGAAGUUUCGCUAAAGAAGGAAGGAAAAAGGGCCAACAUCGCAAAAGAUGGCAAGAAAUGGUUGACCUUUGUGUAUUUAGAGGUUUUUCUUGCGGUAACAACAAACACGGCCGAGACAGCGGUUUUGUUGAACACAGAGGGAGAUAUUUUAUUAGAUUUGAACAAUUUUCUAGUCCCAAGGGUGGGGAUUUGACUGAAAAAAAAAAAAAAAAAAAAAGCAAAAAAAUUUUAAUUAAAACACCAAGUUGACAACAAAAAGAAAAUGAUUGUAAAAAAUCACCAGCUAGUUUUUUUACAAGUACCAGUUUAAUACUAAAAAAAAAAAAAAAAAAAAAAAUAAUAUUUUAAAAUAGAAAAAAAAAAACAAUCAAAAAGAGGGAAAGAGUGGUUUUCCUUUGUGGUUUUAGAGGUUUUUCUUGGGGUAAAAAAAAAAACGGCCGAGAAAGGGGUUUUGUUGAAAAAAGAGGGAAAUAUUUUAUUAAAUUUUAAAAAUUUUUUAGACCCAAGGGGGGGGAUUUUACUAAAAAAAAAAAAAAAAAAAAGCUAAAAAAUUUUAAUUGCUGCACCCAGUUGCCCACCAAAAGCAGAUGACUGGCAAAAAUCACCAGCUAGUCUUUGUAGAAGUGCCAGUUUAAUACUUACAUAAAAAGUAAUACAUUGCUUAUUGUUUUUAAAUGGGAUAAUAAGUCCCCUGCUUUUGCUUCUUGACACGUCCGCUUAAUAUAAAGAACAUACAAAUGAUAUAAAAGGAAUCAUAUCCAUCACAAAAAGAGGUUAAAAAAAAAAUGAAAAAGAAAAUCAAUCUCAAAACAAUCUCACUCUUCUAUCGCUAUUUCAACGUUUUUCAAUUCUUUGACAAAGUUCGGGAUUUCUACCACUUUGAAAGGGGCAUCUCGUUGACAUUUCUUCACCUUACCAGUAGUCAGAAAAAAGUAAACGAAAAAUGUUUUGCAUCAGCCUAGCUUAUUUACUUUACAAACCUUGCAAUCACAUCGAGCAGACAGUCUUUAUCGAGUGCUCCAUUGCAAGUAAAUGUCAUGUUUGUUUCCGCAGACUGAUUUGAUUGAGAUAUGCUUUAUCUUGUGUGCCUUGUUGCUAAAGCAUAUCGCUUACGCUUAGAUAGAAUAAGCAUAGGCUUUGCCAGGCUUCAGAUUGGCGUUCAAGAGAAAAAUGUUUGAUUGACCAAGCUUGCAAACAACUUGAUAGUCCCUUCCGCGCUGUCUUUUCCUCCAUUUUUAUUUACAUUUUGACCUCUGGCUCUACUGCUCAUGCUCAGAUGCUCACCCAAUGAAAAAUCGAGUUGAACCGGAUUAUCCCAGAGAUACCCGUCGCCCGUUCCGUUGGCCAACGGUAACGCAGACUUUGGAACGAAAUUGAAUAGACAUAAUCGCCGUCCUAGAUCAGGGAGUUAUCAUUAAAUUUGCACGCAUUCAACCCUAGUAAAUGACUCAAUAUCUAUUCCACCAUUCUUUCUUGCAUUUUAUAAUGGCAAGCAAUUUGUUGGUUCCUAGAAAAGGGUUUUUUCUUUCUGUUAAACCCUUAUACUUUAAUUAAUUGUAAAAUCAACGAAAGCGAAGAUCUUUUUUUGUGUGGGUGGUUGUCCCUCUUUAUUUCUUAAUAUCUUACAACAUGUAAAAAACAAACAAACAAACAAAAAUAAAAUUAACAAAGUACAGGAUUUACUGUAGGAAGCUUGAUAGCGUAAAGAGCAAUUCGAUCACAAAUGUAGAUGAAAAUAAUUGGUACAGUCGUGAAAGUCACUUUAAAGUUCACUUUAUUCACAGAGUUUUCCGUUUGUUAGGGGUCGACCAUUUUACUUUUCAAUCUAAGGGGGGUUGGGGGGGGGAAGGGGGGGGGGGUAUGAGUGAUUUGGUUUGGUCUUUUUCCAGCAUUAUAUCCAAUGAGGUUUUUUUUUUCAGUGCUAGAUCUUUUUUCCGCCCCUUAGCUUCGCAAAACGUUCUCCUUUAGUUAGUGAUUUAACGUCCCUCACUAACGCAUUGGGUGAAUGAGUGACGAAAGUAAGUAUCUGGUCCAAAAAUUAAUACUGAUUUUUGAUUUAAAAUAAGUUAUAGAUUACACUAGACUGGAGCUGGAGACGUAAAGUUGUUUUUUUGUGUUUUAUUAUUAUUAUUAUUAUUGUUAUUAUUAUUGUUAAUUAUUGCUAUUAUUAUUAUUAUUAUUAUUAUUAUUAUUAUUAUUAUUAUUAUUAUUAUUAUUAUAAUAUAAGAUAUAAUUGCGAUUGAUUUUCUCUCGACAUCCGAGUCCAAACCAUGGACUUUGGGAGGAAAAGAGGGUUUCUACCAUAUUACUUUAUUAAUAUCAUUGUUAUUAUUAUUAUUAUUAUUAUUAUUAUUAUUAUUAUUAUUAUUAUUAUUAUUAUUUUGUUAUUUACUGAUCUAUCGUGACUUUAUGUGCUUUUGAAUCCUAUCUCAUACGACAUCUCGAAAACUGGAGUGACUCAUGAUCAGUUCAGUGUCAUGUUGUCUCAGUUCAGGGGUAAUCAUUUAAUUAGAGUGAUAAUAGUAUCAAGGAUUACCAAUAAAACGAAAAAAGAAUUUCAUCGAUUCAUCAACUCCUGUCUGCUUUUAUUCAGAUUUUGAUGAAUGCUCCCCAAACCCUUGUGUAAAUGGGGCAACAUGCACACACGGAUUAAAUGACUACAGCUGCACAUGCGUAGUCGGAUACCGGGGUAAAAACUGCAGCAUCGGUAAGUCUGCUUUUCGGAGCAGCUUUGGAGCUACAAAAUGUAUUUGGAAAAGAGGGUAGUUUAAUUUACUCAUAGUAGUCUAGAGUCUGCUUUCAUUAUUUUUCCAUGCUUAUAAUUUGAGCUUUGAAAGUGUUGGACGGACGCAUGGCAUUAUUAUUGGCAGUUACACGACAUUUUUUGAGAACGUAAGUUACUAUCAAACGUUUUUGGGCGCUUACUCAUUCACAUCAGGAAACCAGAAUUUGCGCCAUUCCGUUUAAGAAGCAUUAAAAAAUCAUAUGAAAUCUAGUUUGAAGUGUGUUCUUUCUUAUCUUUAUUUAGUUUUGUCUCUUUAGCCUAUUGGUAACAUUUUCUAAUGGUUUUUUCUGCCACAAAACCGAAUUUAUUCGCUCAAUAAAUGUUCAGGCUCCAAGACAGUAAUGUGCAGAUAUCAUGAAAACUGAUGCGAAAACGCGCGGGGCUGGGUAGCGAGUAGGCGGAUCAGGCGGGUCCUAUUUUCCAUUGACCGUGUUUUCGAGGCGUCCCCACUAUCUUAGUGCCUAGUACAGGCUACAGUGCCUAUAAAAAUAUAACAUAUAUUGACGCACUAGAGUGGAUGGUGGAAGGCUUUUACUACAAAAAAACUAGGUGAAAAUAUUACCUACCCUGAUUACUUAUUCAUUCACUUUAACUGACUUUGAUUUUACAGAAUGUGAUGUGAAUGACGGAUGGGUGAUGUUCAACAGUUAUUGCUACAAAUAUAUUGCAAUCAUAAAAACCUGGCAAGACGCCAAAACGUAUUGCAGUAGCUUGAAUUCAAAGUUGCUGACCAUUCACUCACAAGCAGAAAAUGACUUUGCACACUCACUCAUCCCUGAGGACGGAAGUAACAUAUGGGUAGGCGCAAAUGACUUAGCCGUGGAUGGCGUCUGGGUGUGGGAGGACGGAAUAGCUUGGGGAAGUUAUACAAGAUGGAAGUCCGGCGAACCUAACGGUGGUAGCCACGAGCAGUGUAUAGCAAUGUACAAAAGUCCGAACCCUGGCCAAUGGAACGACGCACCUUGUACUGGUACAAAUCAUUUUGUUUGUAAAAAGUAA